AUGCCUCGGGGAGAGACAUUCUCAAGAUCACGAACCGGAUGUCUACAAUGCCGAAAGAAACAUAACAAAUGCGAAGAACAGCAGCCAAAAUGUUCAUUUUGCGCAGUCCGAGACCUGGAUUGCAAAUAUCCAUCUAAUCUGAAAUGGAUUCAACGAACACAACCUACGUUGUCGAGACAUAGACCUCGACCGAGAGACAUCUGCACUGCGGAACUGGAGUCACUAGCUCGGUCUCCUGCACUGUUCGCGGACACAUGCUUUGAAACCACAGAAGAAAAGUUGGCAUGGGAAUACUACGUGAGGCUCGUCUCAUCGAAUGUUCCUGCAUUAGACGGACCAGACAACCCUUACCGGCAACUCUCAAUCCCAGCUCUAUCCUCCCCCAUCCUUCUCGAGACAAUAAUCUGCAUAGCAACAGAGCACAUGCUUAACUUCGGCUUAACAAGCAUCGAUCUUGCCGCACAACGUCAGCAACGAAUGCUACGAACCCUGGGCCAGAACCUGAUCACCAUAGACGCAGAAACCAAUUCUAACCCGACAGCCAUCACGACAGCCAAUAAAAUCGAAAGAGAAGCACUACUCACCGCCGUCGUCCUACAAGGAAUUGUGGUCGCACAAACCGCGGAUGGUGUCCUGGAGCCCCAUGUUAAAUGCGCCUCUUGGCUCAUGCAGGCGCUGGGUUACUUCGAGGAAAUACCACAAAACCCGAUCGCACGCAUGAUAGUCCAACGGUUUGGCAUGGUUGACCUGAUGCUAGCGAUAUCGCGACAGCGUAGACCAUACGCACCGCAAACCUUCAUCUUAAACCAACCAGAUCAAAACCACUGGGACACAACUGAGCCAUCAUUUUAUAAAAUGACAGGAUGUCCACAGCCAUUGAUGUGCUUCCUAGUCCGAAUAUCACAUCUGGCAUGCGACAUGAGCGAAAGCCUAGAAACAGAAGCAGAAACCAAGAGUGAAGCGACCAUACUCGUCUCGGCAUUCCAAAUAGAAAGCGAGCUCCGCGUAUGGGGCACCGAAUACAAGUACAACGGCCAGAUCCCAGGGCGGAAUGAACGAACCCCAUUAGACAUUCUAAGCGAAUGUUUCUAUUGGACAGCGCAUCUCUUACUUGCGCGCCGCGUCUUCCAAGACCAAACCUGCUCGCCGCGGGUACAGCAUCUGGUGCGCAUAUGUUUCGGGUUGAUGGAUCAUCUCUCAACAGGGUGUGGACCUGAUUCGUCUUUGCCGCAGCCGUUUUAUCUUGCUGCGAGGGAGGCUGUAUCACCCGAGGAUCGGGCCUGGGUUCGACGGAAGCAUGAGUCUAUGACGGCGUACUAUCGGGAGCAGCAACGAAAUUCGGCUAUGGGGCUUAUUGAGCGUAUUUGGGAGGUUACUGAUUCGUUGAGGGAGAAGGGUGGGGUUGUCAGAUCUACUAGUCGUUCUAGUAGGGGGUGUGGCUUUUCUAUUGUUGAUGGGUACGUUCAGGCGCUUGAUAGAGAAUCUUGUUUCUUUAUCUUUUAA